AUGAUUUCAACAAUCGGCACAACAACAAUUCAAGCCACGAACGGCGGGACUCUGUCCACAACUACAGCACCAAACUCGCUAGUCAUGAAUCCUACGUCAAUGUUGGUAGAGAUGAAAAGCUUUAUUCCUUCUUCAUAUACUUUUGAAACAGAAAUCCAGAAGAUAAAGCAAGAACUUUUAACAUGUAAUUUAGACUGUAGUGCGAAAGAUGAAACAAAUGAACAGUAUCUUUAUGAAAUGGAGGACCUCAUCGACCAUUUGCCUAAACUACCUGAAAUUCAGCAGCAAAAACUAACUAUUCCUGAAUUCGACGAAAUUGAAGUCAAAGCAACUGACUCAGUAGAAAUUAAGAAAUUCAUACGUAAAGUAAAUUAUGAAUUCCUUGGUUUUCAUUGCAACCAUAAAGUUAUGGACAAAGAUUGCGACAUGGUUUAUAAAAAUAUUUCUGACCUUUACAAAUCCGAAGAAUUUAAGACAUACGAUAACUUUGUUUCAUUAGUUGCAAAAUGUGUAUGGCAGAUAAGAGAUAAAGAUAGAAGAGGUAAGGUAUGGAAUGAACAGAUAAAACCAGCAGCUUUUGA